GCGAAACCUAGAGUGAUGGUAGAGGAAUUGAUUUUUUCGCCGGGUACUCGUCGCAAAAUGGAGUGCGGUGGAUGUGCUGCGAAUUUUCUAGGCCCAUCGUUGGACCAAACCUGCGGCUACGGGUCCGUCUAUUUAUUCAUGACACUUUUAGACACCUUCAUCAGGAAGACCUGCGAUAUAUCCGAAGUCUGCGAAAGGGUGAUUCCCAGAAGAACUCCGGAUCCGGAGUACGAUUUCGUGGUGAUUGGGGGUGGUAGUGGUGGAGCUACAGCAGCUGGAAAAUUAGCUCAAGUGCCCGGUUGGAAAGUACUAUUGAUAGAAGCUGGAAAUGAUGAACCACCGGGUAGUCAGGUACCAUCGAUGGUAGUGAACUAUCACGGCAACAAAUACGUCGAUUGGGAUUACAAGACCGAGCCGGAACCGGUCGCUUGUCAAGGAUUCCCGGAAAAACGUUGCAGCUGGCCGAGAGGAAAGGUCCUCGGAGGAUGCAGCGUUAUCAAUGGCAUGAUGUACACUCGAGGAACGCCCAGAGAUUACGACAAUUGGGAGGCUGCUGGAAAUCCUGGCUGGAGCUACAAGGACGUUUUGCCAGUAUUCAAAAGCUUCGAAGACAACAAAGAAAUAGGCACUUUGGUAGAGGAAGAAUAUCACGGUAGAGGAGGUCCUGUGACGACUAUGAGAUUUAUUGACCAGCCGCCACUGGCUUACGAUGUUUUAAACGCUUCCUUGGAAAUAGGAUACAGACCUAGCAAGGACCUUAACGGCAGACAAUACACUGGAUUCGCCAUAGCCCAGUCGAAUACAAGAAACGGAGUUCGUUUGAGCAGCGCCAGGGCUUACCUGAGACCGCAGAGGUUCAACCGAAACCUUCACGUUAUGUUAAAUUCUACCGCAACCAAAAUAAAACUGAGAACCGAGGGAAACAAGAAAAUCAUCGAUUCUAUCGAAUUCGUCUACAGAGGAAGGAAUUACUCGGUCAAAGUGAAAAAAGAAGCCGUUCUGGCCGCUGGAGCUGUAAAUUCACCGCAAAUUUUACUGCUCUCCGGAAUUGGUCCUAAAGAGGAUCUCGAUAAGGUAGGUAUAAACCAAGUACAUGAUUUACCGGGCGUUGGAAAGAACCUCAAGAACCACGUCAGUUUCUACAUAACGUAUUUAUUAAAAAAAGAAAAGAACUACAACGACUUGGACUGGGCGACUGCUUUGAAUUACAUAGUCAACAGAAAAGGACCUAUGACUUCUACAGGAAUGUCUCAAGUGACCGCUCGAAUAAACUCCAAGUACGCUGAUCCGAGCGGCACCCAUCCAGAUCUCCAGAUCUUCUUCGCCGGUUAUCUCGCCAAGUGCGCGAAAACCGGAGAAGCCAAAUCUUUGGAAGAACCGGAAAAGCCGGAUUUCCCCAAAACUCUUACAUUGUCGCCGGUUACUCUGCAUCCGAAAAGCAAAGGCUACAUUACUCUUAGAUCCAAGGACCCCAUGGAACCGCCGAUCAUGGUCGCCAACUAUCUCACCGAACCGGAGGAUCUGGCUGUUUUAAUCGACGGCGUACGAGUUAUCCAGAAACUCAUGAACACUACGAUCAUGAAACAGAAAUACGGCGCUGAAUUGUUGAAAGAAGAGCCCGGAGAUUGCGCUAAGAAACACAUAUUCGAUUCCGACGAUUUUUGGGGUUGCGCCAUUAGGUACUAUACCGGACCAGAAAACCACCAGGCUUGCUCGUUAAAAAUGGGCCCGUCGACGGACCGACUCGCCGUUGUAGAUAGCAAACUAAUGGUGCAUGGUAUCGAUGGAAUAAGAGUAAUGGACGCGUCCGCUAUGCCAGAAUUAGUAUCCGGAAACACUCAUGCUUCGAUUGUAAUGAUGGCCGAAAGAGGUGUGCAAUUCAUUAAAGACAGAUGGUUGACGGUGACUGCGAAUACCAUUGGCAAUCGAUUCGGGGAGUCACAGCCUAAUCCUCCAAUGAAUAAACCUUUUCCAAGUAUCCCCAAUUAUCCUGUACCUACGAAUCACCAGAAUCAUCCCUACCAUGAUCAUAUGAAUAGUCAUCACUUUCAAUAUUAUCGCCCGAAACAAUUACCUAUUCCUCAAUACAAUUUUAAUAACGGCGUCCACCAUCAAAGCACCCAAACCAAUUCUCAAGCCCGUUACAAUGGUGUGAAGUCUAGAUAAGAUAAAAAGUAUAAAUCCAUUUAAUUGUGUAGAGUGUAUUGUUAAGGAGUACAAAAUAAUAUAAUUCUUUUAUUA